CCAAACAAACAAAAAAAAAGAGUUAAAAGUGUCCAAACACGUCCUAUUGAUGUUAGGCAAUGUGUUUUAAAUACACUUAUGUUUACACCUUAGUACCGUUAAUCGGGUUUUUAAAUUUCACAUCCAGUUCGGGACGAGGUUGUUUGUCUGCUGCGUUAUAGAUAAAUGGCUACGGCCGUUUCGACGGCACCAGUAGCUGAAGUUAACUUAGUUAACUUUUCACCAACACGUUUUCCAGACAUAAACAAACGGCUUGUAACAAUUUAUAUAUUAAGUUAAAGGAUUCAUUUUUUUACUUCGGUGAGUAAAGAACCGUCGGUGUCCCCAUCUUUCGUCAAACCAGCUGGCUACUAUAAGUAUCUUUUUGUUGGUAUAUUGACCUAAGCUAGUUGACUAACAUCCCCGACCAUGAGCUCACUAAGUUACUCCCCCCUUGUUAAAGAAGAGGAGGUCUGCUGGACGGAGAAAGAGGGUAUGUUGGUGAACAGUGUCGUGGAAGAGGAAGAGGACGUUAUUACAGUGAAGGAGGAGGAUGAAGAAAAGGAUGCCGUUUUUGGAGUGGGAAAGGAGGAGGCUGCCACAGUGAAAGAAGAAGAGGAGGAUGUUACAGUGAAAGAAGAAGAGGAGGAUGUUACAGUGAAAGAGGAGAAAGAACCUUUUGGAGAGGAAGAGCAGGAUAUCUCAAAAGAGGAAGAUGAAGUCGUUUUGGGAGUGAAAGAGGAUGUGACUGAAGAUCUGAUUAACACCAGAGAGAGACCAGACUCUCACUCUGACAGCGGGAAGAGUCCUUCAGGGGAUCCAGAUCCAGAGACGUCCAAACCAGCAAGACGACACCACUACUGCCAUUGUGGAAAGAGUUUCUGGUGGUUAGGGCACUUUAGAGACCAUAAGAGAAUGCACAUAGGGGAGAAGCCUUACCAAUGCUCCCAGUGUGAAAAAAAGUUUUCGCCACUUAUGGAGCCUGAAAUCGCAUAAUAGAAUACACACAGGAGAGAAGCCUUUCCACUGCUCCCUGUGUGGAAACAGUUUUACCCACUUAAGGGCCCUGAAAAGACAUGAAAGGACACACACAGAAGAUAAGGCUCAUCACUGCUCCCAGUGCGGAAAGAGUUUUACCCUGUUAGGGAGCCUGAAAAGACACGAGAGAAUACACUCUGGAGAAAAGCCUCACCACUGCUCUCAGUGUGGAAAGAGUUUCAGCUGGUUAACAAGCCUGAAAAUACAUGAGAGAACACAUACAGGGGAGAAGCCUUUCCACUGCUCUCAGUGUGGGAAAAGAUUUUCCCAG